UCUGGUUAUGGAGGUUCAGCAGGCAGCCUUCAUCAGGAAGCAUGGCCCCAGGUCCUGGAUUUCUCCUCCUCUUCCUCCCGGAUCCCCGUGCGCGCUCCCGCGCUGGGCUGGCACGUUGGUGCGCGUCCCCGCUCAGCCAGCGGCAGCGCUCAGAUCUCCAAGCGGCACGAGACUCUCCGAGCUCCGCCUGAAUCCCGGACUUCCAGCCGCUGUCCGCGCUCCUUCUGCCGGCCUGAGGGGGUCACCGGGUGGGGAGGAGAGGAGAGGACCCCGCCUCACUGUUUCUGGAGCUUUGCUGGAAGUUUGGACCGUUAUUAUCCUUUUUUUGAUCCCUGGAAACAUGAGGCUGAGCCGGGCGGACAGCCGGAGCGCCGCCGGCUGCUGGCGGAGCAGCUAGCGGCCUUCAGGGAGCAGCAGGGCGGCCGGAGCCUCCAUGUGGGAUCCCUCCGCUUCUUUCUUCCACUUUCACUCACUCUCCCCGGCUUAACUCGCUCCUCUGGAGGCACAGCAAGUUUUUCUCGGUGGGAAAUGGAGCCGGACUCGGGACCAGGAGACUUGGACUCCUUCCAGGGCGGACAGAACCUCCUGUUGGACCGGAUCCUGGGGGACUCCGUGUCCCAGCAGCAGGGAUGGCUCCGGGUUUACGACGUGAAGGGACCCCCGGCCCACCGCUUCUCCUGCGGUCAGAGUCCGUACACGGACGGCGCCGCCUGGGAGAGGAAGUUCUGCAUCCUGACCGACAGCCAGCUCAUCCUGCUCAACAAGGACGAGGAGGCUGCAGGCGAGCCUCAGGAGGCCCCCACAGAACCCACCAGGGCCCGGAGCCUCCGCCGGACCGUCAGCGUGCCCUCAGAGGGACAGUUCCCCGAGUUCCAGCCGGAGGGCGCCACCGUGCUGGAAGCAUCUUCGGAUCGUUCUCCGAGGAGGAGGAGCAUCUCCGGACCGGGCUCAGAGAAGAACCUCGCUCUAGACAGUCCCAACUCGUCUCCGUUCAAGGUUCCGGGCUUCUUCAGCAAACGUCUCAAAAGCUCCAUCAAGAGGACGAAGAGUCAGACCAAACUGGACCGGAACACCAGCUUCAGACUGCCGUCGCUCCGGCCUGCUGAUGCAGACAGGUCCCGCGGGCUCCCUAAGCUGAAGGAGUCCAGCUCCCAUGAGUCUCUGCUGUGUCCGGGCAGCGCCGUGGAGGCUCUGGACCUGAGCAUGGAGGAGGACGUGUUCAUCAAGCCGCUGCACAGCAGCAUCCUGGGCCAGGAGUUCUGCUUCGAGGUGACCUACUCCGGCGGCAGCAAGUGUUUCAGCUGCACCUCCGCCUCAGAGAGGGACAAGUGGAUGGAGAACCUGAGGAGAACCAUCCAGCCCAACAAGGACAACUGUCGGCGGGCGGAGAACCUGCUGCGCCUGUGGAUCAUCGAGGCCAAAGACCUGCCGCCCAAGAAGAGGUACUUCUGUGAGCUGUGUCUGGACGACGUCCUGUACGCACGCACCACCAGCAAGACCCGGCAGGACAGCCUGUUCUGGGGCGAGUACUUCGACUUCUGCGGCCUGCCCGUGGUGCGCAGCGUCACCGUGCACAUCUACCGCGACGUGGACAAGAAGAAGAAGAAGGACAAGAACAACUACGUCGGCCUGGUCAACAUCCCGGUGCCCAGCGUGACGGGCCGGCAGUUCGUGGAGAAGUGGUACCCGGUGAGCACGCCCACGGCCAGCAAGUCCAAAGGGGGCGGGCCCUCCAUCCGGAUCAAGUCCCGCUUCCAGACCAUCUCCAUCCUGCCCAUGGAGCAGUACAAGGAGUUCGCCGAGUUCGUCACCAACAACUACACCAUGCUGUGUUCCGUGCUGGAGCCCGUCAUCAGCGUCAAGAACAAGGAGGAGAUGGCGUGCGCGCUGGUCCACAUCCUGCAGAGCACGGGCCGGGCCAAGGACUUCCUGACUGACCUGGUGAUGUCAGAGGUGGAUCGCUGCGCCGACCACGACGUCCUGAUCUUCAGGGAGAACACGCUGGCCACCAAGGCCAUCGAGGAGUAUCUGAAGCUGGUGGGCCAGAAGUAUCUCCACGACGCUCUGGGCGAGUUCAUCAAGGCUCUGUACGAGUCGGACGAGAACUGUGAGGUGGACCCGAGCCGAUGCUCCGGCAGUGACCUGACGGAGCAUCAGAGCAACCUGAAGAUGUGCUGCGAGCUCGCCUUCUGCAAGAUCAUCAACUCCUACUGCGUGUUUCCUCGGGAGCUGAAGGAGGUGUUCGCCUCCUGGAAGCAGCAGUGCGUCGCCCGCGGACACCCGCAGGACAUCAGCAAGCGCCUGAUCAGCGCCUCCCUCUUCCUGCGCUUCCUCUGCCCCGCCAUCAUGUCGCCGUCGCUCUUCAGCCUGAUGCAGGAGUACCCGGACGACAGGACGUCCAGAACCCUCACCCUCAUCGCCAAGGUCAUCCAGAACCUCGCCAACUUCACCAACAGGUUCGGCAACAAGGAGGAGUACAUGGCCUUCAUGAACGACUUCCUGGAGCACGAGUGGGCCGGGAUGAUGCGUUUCCUGUCGGAGAUCUCCAACCCGGAGACCCUGUCCAACACGCCGGGCUUCGAGGGUUACAUCGACCUGGGCCGCGAGCUGUCGGUGCUGCACGCUCUGCUGUGGGAGGUGGUCUCCCAGCUCGACAAGGGUGAAAAUUCCUUCCUGCAGGCCACCGUAGCCAAGCUGGGCCCGCUGCCGAGGAUUCUGGGAGACAUCAGCCGCUGCCUGGCUGCGCCAACGCCGAUCCAGCAGCAGCUGAGGCGUUUCCAGGACAACAGCAACAUCAGCGGCAGCGUGUCGUCAGGGCUGCAGCGCAUCUUUGAGGAUCCUGCCGACAGGUAACCAGUCAGCUGCACAA